AUGGAGCCGGUCGACGGGCGACGGGGGCAGCUGGCGUAUACGACCUUUGCAUGGCGACGGGUGUACAAACCCACAGAGGCGGCGCAUGGCCUGUCUGGUCAGUCGCACAGAGCGACUGAGCUCGCCAGCGCUUUGCGGGCUGGAGAGACGCAGUUGGCGCUGAAUCUUUGGCGUUCCUGGGCAGGUGGAGAUGGUGAAGGUGUCGAUCUGGCGACCGAACUCCUUGCUGAUGGCGAUUCGCCGUUGCACGCCUUGAGCCGCCUGAAGAAGUUUGACCAUUCGGGUGCUGAGCUUUUCACCCUGCUCCUUCGCGCGUCGGGCCCUGCAUCGCUGCGCCAGCGAAACAGCUCAGGCCAGACCUUUCUGCACGCUGCGGCCGGCCGGCUGAAUGGGCGGAUCUUAGCUCAGGCUUUGACCGAAGCGCCUGAGCUGGCACCACUCUUCGUGCAGAAGGACGCCGCAGGGCACUCGCCCAUGUCCAUCUUGGCCAAGCACGUCUUCCCUCGCGGCGCGGGCGCGUGGCACGAGGAGCUGCCGGCGCUGAAGGCACAUGGCGCCAGUGGAUCGGAUGUCAACUUGGAAGUGGAGGAUGAGGCCACCGGACGGAUGGAGAGCCUCAGCUGCAAGUCCUCAGUGUUACGGCUUUCACCACGUUUCAGCGAAGAGCUCAGGGUGCAGACCAGCGCGGCGACACUGAAGGUGGCGCCUGAGUGCUGCCGCAGCGCACGGGUCGUGACGGAGGUUUUGGCCAUGCUGCAGAGCGGGGAGCCUUCCGUGGAACUGGACGGCCGAGAGCUGUGGCAGUUCUUGAGCUUCUGCGUGCAGUAUCAGCUGCCUGCUGAUCUGAAACAUUGGGCAUCCGAGCGGUUGCUUCGCUGCUUGAAGGAGGGUGCUGGCAAUGCAGCUGUGGUGCCGAUGCUCUUGCGGGGCGCACGCGCCUGCGGUCUGACGAUGCCGCAACGGCGCUACGUGCUGCACUGUAUGCUCACCAUACCUGAAGCCUUGACUUCGGCUGGCCAUUCUGAGAAGGGCGUUCAACGACAGGCGAAGGUUCUGCUGGCUGCUUUGGCGGAGUUGGAGUGCCUCAAGCCCCAUGGCCACCACGAACACCGCGCAGCACCGGGGACAUUAGGCGAGUGCGGCACGAAGCCGAAGCGAGCGAUGGAUGUGGCAUUGGAGGGACAAAGGCUCAGGUCAGAAGGGCCGACAGGGCCUGCGGGGCCUGCGGCUUAUCCCACCCUGUGCUCCGUGUUCGAUGAAAAGGAACGGGUGCAGUGCACUGGGAGGAGGGUGAAGAGUGAGGUUGCACUGGACUCCAGACUUUGGGCGCAAGAACUGGGGCAAGAUGUGACGAAGCCGGGCCGGGUCGGCUUUCCGGAUGGGUCGAUGGCCGUGGUCAAGGGACACUGGUCAAUGGACACGGCUCAGGUCAUCUCAGGUGAGCUGGCUUUUACAAUUCUGGAAGACAUCAGACUGGAUGAAAGAAUGCAACUCGAGGCUCUUGGUCAGCGGAAUAUGGGAAGCCCGACCAUUGGCGCCCCGUCCAUGGUUUUCCUUCAAGCCCGGUGGUUGGAGUUGGAAUCCAGCUUCGGGACGCAAGCUCGCUCGCCGCCCACGGAACGCGAAGUCCGAUUCCACCUCAGAUUGAACCAGGGAGUCUUCCAAGCCUGGUGGGGUUGGGAGAGCUUUCACGUUCUUCACGCCGAGCACAAUCGAAAGACCAAGGCGUAUGCACAGUGCACCGUGGACGGCAUGCAGAGCCAGACGCGAAAAGAAGUGCCAGAGCUGCACAGGAAGAGCGGCAAGAAGUUCACAGGAAGAGCUGCACAAGUGGUCCGAGAAAGUCACCAGCAGACUCCUGGCGGUCUCGAGUUUCGAAGCGGGACCACAUAA